AUUCCAAGUGAUCAUUCUUAAUUUCACACAACGACUUUAUUUUCUUAGUUUUAACACCAUUUUUCGAACUGAGUCAACAAUGGAUAGAUUUUUUUUCGAGGCUUUUCAGUACAACUGUGGACAUCUAUCGGCAGACAUACAUACAGCCGGCAAGAAUGGCUUCAUAUACAGAAGAAAUGCAAAAAUAUUUCCAAAAUAAUAACAGAGUAAAAGAAAACCAGGCACAUUCCGCAAAGGUACAUUCAGUGGAUUGGAGUUGUGAUGGCAGAAAAUUGGCAUCUGGAUCCUUCGACAAGACAGUUAGCCUCUUCAGUUUGGAUAGAGAUCGUUUGUCCAAAGAACAUACAUUCCGUGGGCAUGGAGAUAGUGUAGAUCAGUUAUGUUGGCACCCCACACACCCAGAACUUCUGGUUACAGCUAGUGGGGAUAAAACAGUGCGGCUUUGGGAUGCCAGGACAUCAAAAACAGUGGCUACAGUUAAUACAAAAGGUGAAAAUAUCAACAUAUGCUGGUCCCCAAAUGGAAACACAAUAGCUGUUGGAAACAAAGAAGAUUUGGUCACAUUUAUUGAUGCAAAAACACAUCGAUCAAAAGCAGAGGAACAAUUCAAAUAUGAAGUUAAUGAAAUCUCAUGGAACAAUGAAGGAGACUUGUUCUUUCUCACAAGUGGACAAGGCUGUAUACAUAUAUUAAGUUAUCCUGAUCUCCAGCAUCAAUAUGUUCUCAAUGCUCAUCCUGCCAACUGUAUUUGUAUAGAGUUUGAUCCCACUGGGAAGUACUUUGCCACAGGCAGUGCUGAUGCUUUGGUCACACUGUGGGACCUGGAGGACCUGGUUUGUGUCAGGACAUUUUCUAGGUUAGAGUGGCCCAUAAGGACAAUGAGUUUUAGCCAUGAUGGAAAGAUAUUAGCAUCAGCAUCAGAAGAUCUUGUGAUAGACAUUGGGAAUGUAGAAACUGGUGAAAAGAUAACAGAAGUCCCAUGUGAGUACCCCACAUUCACAAUAGCAUGGCAUCCAAAACGACACCUGCUGGCAUUUGCUUGUGAUGAUAAGGAAAAAUACAAUGACAGAGAUGCUGGAACAGUGAAAUUAUUUGGCUUGCCAAGUGACAGGAGUGACUGAGGAAGGAUAGCCUUACACUGGCAUUUAAUGGAAGCAUGAAUUCCAUUGCAAUUUACAUGCUCUAGCACAUAGUAUUUCAUGGCAGUAAUGUCAAGUCUAUAAGCUUGGUGUCAGCCAUGCAGUGACUGCCAUACUUGAAAAAACAAACAAUCACGUCAAAAUGAAGAAAUUAUAAAUAGAAACAGCAUGACAGUAUGUUUAUAUAACAAAUAUAAGUGGUUAUAUUUCUGUACUUUUAUUCUUUUUAAAAUAAAUUGGAUACACAUUAAAUGAUA